AUGUUUAGGUCAUGACCUGAAAAUUUUACAUUGUUGGGUGUGGAAAUUAUACUCUUCAAGAAAUUUUUUUUGAUGACUUUAUUAAGUCUUUUAAUACAAGAUAGAUUUAUAUAAAGACACAACAAGUUAUUACCAAGGUAAUUAGACAAAAAAAAAUGAUAAUCUUUCUACUCUUUGUAACCUUUCCUAUCCUUCUUAUUUUUCUUCUUUCCAAAGCCAAAAAGAGUAGCAAAAACAAUGUGCCUCCAGGUCCUAUUGGCCUCCCAUUCAUUGGAAAUUUGCAUCAAUUUGAUAGUUUAACCACUCAUAUUUAUUUUUGGAAACUUUCCAAGAAAUAUGGAAAAAUAUUCUCAUUGAAACUUGGUUCUACUCCAAUGAUCGUUGUUUCUUCAGCAAAAUUAGCAAAAGAAGUGUUGAAGACACAAGAUUUAGUAUUUUGUAGUAGACCUUCUUUUCAUGGCCAACAAAAAUUGACUUACAAUGGUCGUGACAUAGUAUUUGUGCGUUACAAUGACUAUUGGAGAGAAAUGAAAAAAAUUAGUGUGCUUCAUCUAUUCAGUCUAAAGAAAGUACAAUUCUAUAAACCAAUUCGUGAAGAUGAAGUAUCAAGAAUGAUAAAGAAAGUAUCCCAACAAGCUGCUGCUUCUCAAAUUACAAAUUUGAGCAAUUUAAUGAUUUCGCUGACAAGUACAAUUAUAUGUAGACUUGCUUUUGGUGUUAGGUUUGACGAUGAAGCACAUGAAAGGAAGAGAUUUGAUCAUCUCUUAGUUGAGACUCAAGCUAUGAUGACUAGCAUUUUCGUGUCUGAUAUUUUUCCUUUUUUAUAUUGGAUUGAUAAACUUACUGGAUUGACAGAUAGACUCGAAAAACUUUUUAAGGAAUUGGAUGAGUUUUAUGAAGAACUCAUUGAGCAACAUCAAAAUCCCAAUAGGCCAAAAUCCAUGGAAGGUGAUAUGGUUGAUCUUUUGCUUCAAUUUAAAAAAGAGAAAUCAAUACCAAUUGAUCUCACUUUGGAGGACAUAAAAGGACUUCUCAUGAAUGUGUUAGUUGCUGGAUCGGAUACUAGCGCGGCUGGGGUAGUAUGGACAAUGACAGCCUUGAUGAAGAAUCCAAAAGCCAUGAAGAAAGUUCAACAAGAAAUCAGAGAGUCAAUUGGGAACAAAGGCAUUGUGAAUGAAGAUGAUGUACAAAACAUGCCUUAUUUCAAAGCAGUGAUAAAAGAGACAUUUAGAUUAUAUCCGCCAAUUCCACUUCUAGUGCCAAGAGAAUCAAUGAAAAAUUCCACACUAGAAGGGUAUGAAAUUCAGGCCGGAACUAUAGUUCAUGUUAAUUCAUGGGCAAUUGCAAGGGACCCUGAAAUAUGGGAAAAUCCAGAAGAAUUUAUACCCGAGAGAUUUUUGAAUAGCGACAUUGAUUACAAGGGACAAAACUAUGAGUUAAUUCCGUUUGGAGCAGGUCGAAGAGGUUGCCCCGGAAAGACACUUGGGGUUGCAUUCAUGGAACUUGCAUUAUCAAAUCUUCUUUAUGCAUUUGAUUGGGAAUCACCUCAUGGGAUGAAAAAAGAGGACAUUGACACAAAUGUUAGGCGUGGAAUUACCCCGUAUAAGAAAAAUGAGCUUUGUCUUAUCCCUACAAGUUAUUUUUAGAUUUUUCUUAGAUGUGAAUUCUAAGACGUGAUAAUAAAUUGUAUCAAUUUUAAAUUUUGAAUAAAACACAGACCCUCUGAUAUUCUUCACCUUAUAA